CUCCCCUCCCCUCCCCGCGCCGCUGCCCGGCCCCUGCGGGCUGUGCUCCGCGGGCAGCGCUCCGCGGGAGGCGUUUCAUCCGCGGGCGCGCCUCUCCGCGGAGCCGGCGCCUCCCGGAGGAAACAGUUUGCCAAUACUGUAUAUCACUUGAACAUCAAGCUCUGCAGAGGCUCCAAGUUGCUUGUUAAGAUUGUGAAGCAUCACGGCUACAGGAAAAUUAAAGCGGGAAUGCUGCGGGUUGGGAGCGAACAGCCGGCGUGCUCAGAGGCUCUCCGGAGUGCGGUUUCGGAGCGGAGCGUCCACGGAUAACGCCACAGCAGGGAGGGGAGCCAUCCCAGCCGGUUUGGGCAGGUGGGGUGUGUAAGGCACGCCGCCGUGUCAUCGUCCUGCACGUUCGCCUCUCCGUCCUGCUCUCGAAAAGGCAGACAAGGCUUCAAGUCAGAAAUUGCAUUUCGUGUAACUCCUCCCCUAUUUCAGCUGCUUGCUCACACAGCCACCCACAGAUCUGAGACAAAAAUGUGCGAAGCGAGGCAGGGAACACUCUCACCAGUGCGGAUUUCAUCUCCCUUCUAGGCGCCGGGGUGCCCGUCCUGCGCCGACACCGUCUUACUCCUCCCAGAACAUAAUGAAGCUUUGGCUAAUCGCAAAUGCAUAAGCAUUUUUUUCCCAUCCGUUCUCAUCAGCCUCUACUCCAAGAAGAAGAAGAAGAAGAAGAAAAAAAAAAAAAAGUCUGGGGCUGUACAUGAGCGUGUCUUUGUGCCCCUGCUCGUUCGGCGGGCUGACAGAGGCGGCAUUGUUCGCAGGCUGUGGCCGGCUUGGCAGCCAGAGGAGGUGGGGGAUCUGCGCCGCGCAUACGGAAUCGGCGGGUGGCCGGGGACAGGGGUCGAGAAACUCCUAGAGCUGCCUUAACGACAAGAGGGAGUUUCAGAGCAGCACCAAUAGCUUCUGCUGGUGCCUUCUGCACAAUGCAAACGGGGUCCGGGGCAAGGAGACCUUGUUAAUCGAAGCACAGAAGCUUCUGCUUCCUCACUGGGAGAGCCUGUAUGAAGACUUGUGUGGACGGUGCUGUAUGAAACAGAAGGUGCACGCAGCACAGAUGCCAGCCUUCUCCAAGGAAUAAUCUCUUCAUCUCCAAGUGACUUCAGCUCCUGCUCAGUACCAUGGGGCCAGAAGGUGGUUUCUUAGGCAGUGGACAGGUCCACGUCAUCCUGUGGGGAAGUUUGGCAGCCAUGACAACACUCCUCUUCCUCACCUUCCUCAUCUUCCUCUGCUCCAGCUGCAAGAGGGAAAAGAAGGCUAAACAUCAGAAUGGAGAUCAUGAAAAUCUGAUGAAUGUGCCUUCCGACAAGGAGGUGUUCAGCCACUCGAUCACAAGUUCGGCUACAGAGCCCCCUCCGAGCAGCGACCAGAACGGGGCACUCAGCAAUGGCGAGGUGCUCUCUGAAGACAGUACAACUGCCUGUAUCCAGCCUUAUGAAGAAGUACAGACAUCUGUCUCUGAUCUGCUAGACCAGCAGGAUAGUCUUGGAAAGUCUAUAAAAUGUCACCAGAGCCGGGAACUACCCAGUAUUCCCCCUAACAACACCAUGGAAACCAUAAUCUCAUCUAGAAAUGCAGAAAGUGAUCAAGGUCUUGGAAUGGAAGGGCCUUAUGAAGUCUUGAAAGACAGCUCCUCUCAGGAGAACAUAGUUGAAGAUUGCUUGUAUGAAACUGUGAAGGAAAUUAAAGAUGUUGGACCAGUAGCCAGCAUGGAAGAGAGCUGUAACAGCAAAUCAAAGGCUUCACUGACUGUUUCUGAAGGUCAGAGUCAGAUUCCUGAGUGCAGAAUUGAAUCAGCAGAAUACGCAUCUGUUGACCGAAAUAAAAAAAGCCGCCAAAGUGCUAAUUCAGAAAGCCCUCUUGACAACACACCAGAUGUAGAGGAUGAGCUUCCCCCUCCGGUACCCAUGAAACUUCUUGAUGAAAAUGAGAAUGUGCAAGAAAAAGAAGUGGAAGAAGAAGAAGUGACGGAAGGAGCGAGUAAACCAGAGAAGAGGCUUAGUUCAAUGUCUUACAAGUCUCGAGAGGAAGAUCCAUCUCUUACAGAAGAUGAGAUCUCAGCCAUGUACUCAUCGGUGAGUAAGCCGGGACAGGCCGUCAAGGCACUGGAUUCUCCUUACACCUGUAUUCAAGAAAUUGCAUCUCAGAGGUCCCCAUCUGUUUGCAGUGGCCUCUAUGCAAGUGUGAAGGACUUUGAAAACACCCUAAAUACUACCACUGUGCCUCAGUCAGCAGACAGACCAAAUGGGGAGCUGGAGCCUGACUAUGAAGCUAUCCAGUCAGUGAGCCAAGAAGAAGACAGGACCUUGUCAGUGCCUAACACAAACCACACUGUUCUUUCAGGAGAGAAUGACUAUGAAAGCAUAGGGGACUUGCAGCACCACAGGGAUUUCACCAGACUUUAACUGCUUCAGCAGGCAGAUUUCUCCACCGGUAUUUUCAAAGGAACGUGUGAAACAGGGAGUGGGAAGUGCUUUUCCUUUUCAGGAACAAAGCUAAGUAGAGAACAAAAGUUGUGAAGAAGCAGUGUAUGUUUCAGCCAGGGUGUGAUACCCACGGGGUUAUUCUGGGUGGUGGAGGGAGGCUCACGGGAAGGGGUACGUCAGGUCAGAAUGACGACCAGGGCAGCGUAAAGGCUUCUUUAUUGUUAGCUCCAAGACGACCAGAAUUUGGGAAGGAGUGCCAUGCUUGUUGUCCCAACAGGAUUACAUACCAAAAAGACUGCCUUUACACAAAGCUAGCUCUUCGUUUUAAGAGAUUAUUUUAUGUCACUUGCUUCAAAGUGUUUUUCAAGCAUCAUUCUUCAUUCAAGUUUGAGCAUCCACAACGUUGAGCAAAUCACGCAUCACUGUACCUCAACUCGGACUUACUUUGCAGGGCUGGGGAAGGUGUGCUCACUUCUGUAUAUUUUGGGGAGCUCUGGCUACAUUAAUUGCAACUAAAGUGCAAACAACAGUACUUCACAUCACAAGGCACCUACUCCAAAUGUACUUGAAUUAAGUCAGUCAGCUUUUUCUUUUUUUUUUAAUUUCAAGGACUGUAGAAUGUGACUUGCAAUAUUUGAGAUGUGUACUGGUAUUUGUAGGGGUUUUUGUUUGAUAAUUUGUGAAAUGACACUUUAAAAUGGCAAGUGACACCCUUAGCGUUCUUCUGUUCCCCUCCCACGUACGCAUGUACCUACGCGUACACACACCAGGCAAUUGUCAUGUUGCAAAAAGUUGUGCAAGUGAAUGCAUUGGCAUAAUGUUUAGUCUAACCUUAAUACUGUUGAGUCAUUUUUGAAGAAUUUUGCCCUUUUUUAAGACUUAAAGUAUUUAAAUAUGUUUGUCUAGUUUAUUAUAUAGGAAAAUUUAUGUACUGUGUUGAGUGGAUGAUAUUUUUUAUUUUUACAAUAUAUUUUUCAUCUUCAAAGUUUUUGUAGAUUAACUUACUGUAGCAGGAGAAAUCCCGUUCUUUGUUUGGGAUUUAGUUGGUUUUCCUUUAAGUUUUUUUUUCCUGUUUCAGAAGUAAGUAAAUGAACAAUAGGUUUUGGUUUGUUUUUUUUUGUUUGUCUUCUUGAGCAGGAAUGUGGAACAUCCCUUGCUGUUUUUAGCUCAAAAUAAUGGAGUCUGUGUAAAACAACAUUGACAAAGGGCAAAAAAGAGGGAGAAGAGACAGUGGGAUUUAGUCUGGGGUAGCCACUGGUCCUCCUUGUUCCUCUGCUAAAAGGAGCAGGAGGGCGACCAAGAACUUCUUGGGGUUCUGACAAGCAGUUUGAAAGCCACUGUUUUUUCAAAGAUACCAAGUUAUUCUGUUACUAUUAAAAACAAAGUACAGCACUUGGAUGAAUUAAGUAGGUACUGGGUUAAUACUUUUGUUUUCUUCAAGAAUGGUACAAUGAAUAGUACAAUAGUACAAGAAUAGUCCAACAGUAGAGAACUGACAUUGUGUAAUACGCAUUUGAACACUGUUAUAUGUACACAUGUGCACAUACGCCCAUGUAUAUAAGCAUGCACAUGUAAUUUGGACACAAGUAUAAAUUAUAGUCCAAACUUGGUAACAUUCAGAUACAUUCACAUACGUAGUACCUGGCAUGUGCGUGAAGAGUAGUUUAUUUUUAUUUUGAAAUAAACAGUACACAAACUGAGGUGGGCUUAUUCCAUAGUAGCCAAAACAGGUUUAGUUUCUGCUCAGCUGGUACUGGGUUUUGAUAUACCAGAUUGAGUCCUUCUCAGAUCAGUGGCCAGCACACAACAUUACUUGGUACUAUAAAGAGCAAACACAGAUCUGGUUACACGCAUUUAUUAGAAAUAACCUCAUAACUGAAAGAAGUGUACUGAUUUAUGGGCUUCAACUGUAAGUAAGUACUACAGCUCUGAGAAGCAGCACAAGCGUGCAGUCCAAUUUUGCCCACAGGGCGAUUCAGACAUCAUGGAUCCUAACCUCAUGCGACAGUGCAGCAUGUUUGAUCUAUAACUCUCUUCCUUUGAGGAGAAGCAGUUCAAAGCGUUCUACAUCCAUCUUGUUCUUGACCGUGCUGCCAUGCUUCCACAGCUGCAGCAAACCCUUUGCUUUCACUUCAUUGCAGUGCUUUUUAAAGAUGACUUUGGUCUUCCUUUCUGGAGUUUUUCCCUCAAAAAAAGUUUCUAUUUCUGUUCCCUUGAAUGUGAAUUCACGAAGUUCACCUUUGACUAUUCUCUCGUUCUACUUCGCACUGUUUAAGGCCAAAGAUGCGAUGCACCAUGUUUCAAAAGAUCUGUUGUGCUAAGUCUGGAGAAUUUCUGAAGUCUUUAUGUGUUUGCUUUCUGUUCCUUGCUCAGGGGUACAGGUUUAUAUAUGUAGUCCUUAGUCUGACUCCUGCAAUUUAAUGGCAGGAAUACCUCAACUCCUGAAAUUCCCAAAUACAUCUCAAGAUGUAGUUAUCCCUUAAGGACUGUCUUAUUAUAUGGAUGACUGCUUUUGGAGAAACAGUAGCAACAUGAGGUUUUUCAGAGAUAAUGCCAGUUAACAAUAGCAAGAAUAACACUGAACUCUUGAUUAUAAAAUUUUAAGGUUCAAAAGAGGAAAAUCAAACGUCACUUUAGAAGUGCCCGCAUCAAGAUCAGUAAGUCAAAGGAAGGAGGAGGACUGCCCAGUCACUCUUUGUGGUCUUGCAGAUCAGGAUCAAGGGUGUUGGUUUGAAGGAAAGGAUGCAAGACUCAGCUCUUUCCUUCCCUUCCUUUUCUUUAUUUCCUUCUUCCCUUCUUUCCCUCCCUUCCUCUCUUCCUUCCCCUUCCCCUUCCCCUUCCCUUCCUUUCCCGC